AUGGCAGCCGCACCUCAAUCUUUCUACGAGCUUUACCGCCGUAGCAGCAUCGGCCUUGCGCUGACGGACAUGCUCGAUGAUCUGAUCAGUGAAGAGCGCAUUCACCCGCAGCUCGCGAUGAAGAUCCUCGCCAACUUUGAUCAGGCGAUCACCGAGGCUCUUCAGAAGAGCGUGAAGGCGCGCCUCACCUUCAAGGGCUCCCUCAGCACCUACCGUUUCUGCGACGAAGUGUGGACCUUUCUUAUUAAGAAUGUCCAGUUCAAGCUCGAUAGUGGCGGCCAGAUGGUGUCUGCGGACAAGGUCAAGAUCGUAAGCUGCAACUCGAAGAAGCCGGGAGAAGGCCCUUAG